CGUUUUAGGGACACCUUCUUCGUCAUCGGAGAAUACAUAUACUCGCCACCAAACAGACCGCAGCCGAGAGUAUCCAACUUUGUCUUCUCACUUUCCGGUCUGAAAUCUGAACCAGAGAGAGAGAGAGAGAGAGAGAUCAGGCAUGGCGAAUCAAGGGGCCAAGAAGCGAAAGGAAGAGAACAGUCGUCACAUGAAGAACCUACUUCGCCUCAUCAUCGCUUGCAAUGUCAUAUAUCUUGUGGUGAGGGCAGGAAUCUUUCAUUCUACUUUCAAGUGGAAACAAUGGGUUGGCUUCAUGUUGACCUUUUUUGCGUACAUCAUUCCAUAUCAACAACUUGCCUCGAUGGCAAACCCUGCAUACACUGAUGAUGGGGAGCUUUUAGAUGGUGGGUUUGAUAUGAGUACCGGUGGAAUUUGUGGAUAUCUGCAUGAUGUAAUCUACAUUACAGGCUUCGUGCAGCUCGCGUCUAUCAUCUCUGAAAAAUUUUGGUAUAUAUAUUUAGUGAUACCAGCAUUUGCUGCGUAUAAACUCAUAGGUUUGCUUAAAGGAUUUCUACCCCAUGGUUCAGAGGAAGGUGAAGAGGAUGAAAAGACGCGAAAGAAGAGAGAGAAGAUGGAGAAGAGAGCUUCGCGACCCAAAUUUGCAAAAACAAGAACUAGAUGAUAUGUCCUUUGAGAGGAAAAAGAGUGAUCAUGUCUUGAGUACUUUGAAAUUUGAAUAUGAGUACAGGUUUCGGUUUUCCAUGAGUGGAACUGUAUGUUGUGGAUGCACGAACUCCGAUUUAAUUAGAACUUGAUGUUCAUGUUUGACGAUUUUUACCUAUCUACAAUUCUACUCAAUUUGCUUGAACA